CGGGCCGUUAAAAAGGUGGUUCCCUUACUGCACCGGGCUGACGAUAGAGAGCUGCACAGGUAUCCAGCAGAGUAAUACUAUCGGCUCCCGCUAGUCUACCCAGCGACACUUCCCUCUCUGCGUCGGAGUGUCUAGAGGUGGGAGCCUCGGCGUUUCCCCUUCUCCACAUCCUCCUCAUCUUCAUCAUAUCCCGUUCAGGUCACCUUAGCGCGCGCCACCGGCAUUUUCCAUCUCCCGUCUCCGAAGAUGGUACCUGGCAAGCGAAGAGCUGCAGUCAUGUCCUUCUCCCUGGCGAUAUUUGGAGCGGUUAUGCUGCAGUCUGUUUCUUCCCAGAAUGCUGGUUUUGUGAAAUCACCUCUGUCCGAGACCAAGCUCACAGGAGACACUUUUGAGUUGUCCUGUGAUGUGGUGGGUAACCCCACCCCAGAAAUCCAGUGGUGGUACUCAGAGAUCAACCGAAUCGAUUCCUUCAGGCAGCUUUGGGACGGUGCCCGCAAGCGUCGGGUCACCAUCAGCACAGCUUAUGGUCUCAAUGCGGUGAGCGUGCUGGGUGUGACUCGCCUCACGCUGGAUGAUGCUGGGACCUAUGAAUGCAGAGCCAGUAACGAUCCGCGACGCAAUGACCUGCACCAGAAUCCAGCCACUACCUGGAUCCGUGCUCAGGCCACUGUAACAGUGCUGCAGAAGCCAUCAAUCACCGCCUCUGAACACACCACACUUCCCAUGGACGGCCACAGUCCUCCUUUCACACUGCAGUGCAACCUGACCAGCUCCCACAGUGCCCACGUAGAGAGCUACUGGAUGAAGAACGGCGAGGAGAUCCCAGACACACGCAGCCCAAACAGGAACACUGAGUACAGGCUGAUCAAACCAAGAGGAGACGACGCUGGAGUCUACAUGUGCGUCUACACCUUCGAGAUGUCUCCUGCAGCAAACGCCACCAUCGAAGUUAAAUCUGCUCCUGAGAUCACAGGCCAUAAGCGUAGUGAGAAUAAGAAUGAGGGCCAACGUGCUGUACUCUACUGUAAGUCUGUGGGUUAUCCUCAUCCUAUCUGGACCUGGCGCAAGUUCGACAAUGGAAUUUAUCGGGACAUCGACAACUCAUCAGGACGCUUUUUCAUCAGCAGCAGAGACAACUACACCGAGCUCCACAUUGUCAACCUGGACAUUAGUUUGGAUCCCGGCGAGUACCAGUGCAACGCCACCAACAUGAUCGGCAGCCGCGAUGAGAAGUCUGUGCUGAGGGUUCGCAGCCACUUGGCCCCCCUGUGGCCUCUGCUGGGUGUUUUGGCCGAGAUCAUCAUCCUGGUCAUCAUCAUUGUUGUUUACGAGAAGCGUAAGAAGCCAGAGGAUUUACAAGACGAUGAUGACUCAGCUGGACCAGUGAAAACUAACUCAACCAACAACCACAAAGACAAGAACCUCCGCCAGAGGAAUACAAACUGAGCAGCCUGUCUGCUGAGUUUCAUUACACACUGUAUGUAUUGACCAUAUGAAGGUAAACAAGAGAGGAAUCCAUACCGGUUGUUACUAGGAUUUAUCUGCCAUUAUAAGUAUGGUUGUGGAGGAGUUAAAUGAGGCAUGCCUUAUGAUUUUAUUGUGUGAGGGUAUGAGGUCAGGAUGUACUCAAACCAUUAAGAACUUGUUAACAUUAUAACCAUUGUUGCUGCAUGCAGGUGUUGACAUUUAUGAUUUUUUCCCUCUUAUUCACUAAUUUUACAUUUUUACUACUUCUCAAGUAAUGCAUGCAAGACGUUGACCUUCUGUUUGAUACAGAAAUGGCUUUUUUGUUUCUUUUUCCCUGAGAGUGGCUUCAUGUAGAUAAUCUGUAGUGUGUGUUUAGAGGAAAAUAUCUUGGCAAAAAUGUAAAAGUAAAAAUGCCACCAUAAUCUGGUAUGACAGUUGUGUACAGUUUUAUCAUUCCUCUGCAUACCAUUUUCUAAGUUUGAUUGUUUUAUCAAAUAAUAUCUAUUACAUUUAAGGGCUUUGCAAUGUCCCUCUAAAUUUAGUUAAGAAUUACUUUACUGUAUGUAUGUACUGUAUGUAUUAAAUCACUAUAACUAUGUAUGAAAUCACCAUUAAUAUAAAGAUAAUUCAUAUUAUAUGAUGCACUUCAAUGUUGAGAAUAAUGAAAAUCUGUAUAAACCUACUUUAGAAAAUCUGUACUAAUCAUUCUAACAUAUUGUUUUAUAAUUAUGUGUAUUGUACAGCAUGGCUAUUAUCCUAUGCAAUUAUUAUCCAUAUCAAUAUAUUGAAAAUCAUUGCAGCUUUUGAUUUCUCUGUGACAAAGCUUUAAACUAUAGUAGGAUCACCAUAGAGCGUUGAUGGCAUACUACACAGCUGCAUGAAUUCUCUACAGCUGACGUUGGGAGGCGGUGAAAGAUGGCCCACGUCAGGACUGACACAUGUGAAGCAAUUCCAAGAUCCCAAGUCAUUUUUAAGAAUAAAUAUCUCAAAAAGAA